AUGUUCGCCAAGGUCAUCGUUGCUUCCGUGGCCGUCGCGGCCGCUAACGCCGGAGUUGGUUUCGCCGCUCCCGUGAUCUCUGGAUACGCCGGCGCCGCUCCUCUCGCUUAUGCUGCUGCCGCCCCCGUUGCGAAGUACGCAGCCGCUCCCGUCCUCGCCAAGGCUGCUGUCACCUACCCCCCUCAACCCUACCAGUUCGGUUACGAAUCUGUCGAUGAGUAUGGAACCAAACAGUCCCGCCACGAGGUUUCUGACGCUUACAACAACAAGAAAGGAUCCUACUCCUUCACCGAUGCACGUGGAAUUGCCCGACGGGUCGACUACGUCGCCGAUGCCGCUGGAUUCCGUGCCACCAUCAACACCAACGAGCCCGGAACCGCUCCCUCCGCCCCCGCUGCAGCCCUGUACAACACCGCUCCCGUCGCUGUCAAGGCCGUAGCUGCUGCCCCGAUCGCCGCCUAUGCCACCGCCCCCGUCCUCGCGAAAGCCCCCCUCGCUACCUACGCCGCUCCCGCUAUUUCUUCUUACGGCCUUGCGGCGCCUGCCAUCUCCAAAGUUGGUCUGGCCGCCCCUGCCAUCUCUUCCUAUGGUCUAGCCGGCCCCGCUGUAUCUUCUUACGGUCUUGCCGCCCCCGUCGUCUCUUCUUACGGUCUCGCCGCCCCCGCUGUCUCUUCUUACGGUCUAGCCGCCCCUGGCAUCUCUUCGUACGGUCUUGCCGCCCCUGCGAUCUCCAAAGUUGGUCUUGCCGCUCCCGCUCUCUCAGGAUACGCAAGCACGGCUCCUGUUGCCUAUGCUGCCACUGCCCCGGUCACAAAGAUCGCCGCCGCUCCCAUCUUCGCCAAGGCCGCCAUCGCAUACCCUCCUCAGCCCUACCAGUUCGGAUACGAUUCCAUCGAUGAGUACGGAACCAAACAAUCUCGUUAUGAGGUCUCCGACGCCUACAACAGCAAGAAGGGAUCGUACUCCUUCUCUGAUGCUCGUGGAAUCGCUCGUCGCGUCGACUACGUCGCUGACGCUGCCGGAUUCCGUGCUUCCAUCAACACCAAUGAGCCUGGGACCGCUCCCUCCGCUCCCGCUGCCGCCGUCUACAACGCUGCUCCCCUCGCCGUCAAGGCUGUAGCUACGGCCCCCGCUGCCGUAGCCUACGCUCCCCAACCAUACCAGUUCGGUUACGAGACUGUCGAUGAGUAUGGAACCAAACAAUCCCGCCACGAGACUUCCGACGCCUACAACAACAAGAAAGGAUCCUACUCCUUCACCGAUGCCCGCGGAAUCUCGCGUCGUGUUGAUUACGUCGCCGACGGCGCUGGAUUCCGUGCCUCCGUCCACACCAACGAGCCGGGAACCGCUCCCUCUGCUCCCGCAGCUGCCAUCUACAACGCUGCUCCCGUCGCUGUGAAGGCCGUAGCUGCUGCCCCUCUUGCCGUCAAGGCUGUAGCUGCUGCCCCCGUUGCCGCUUAUGCCGCCGCCCCUGUUCUCGCCAAGGCUCCCCUUGCUUACGGUCACCACUACUAAUUCAAGGACUCCAGAUAAGAAGUCUUCAUCUUCGAACUGAACUCCUGUGAUAUCGCU